UUUCUUUUUUUUUUCCCUUUUAUUUUUAAUUAUAUUAUUCUUCUAUUGCUUUUUAUUAUUAUCUUAUUAUCUUGAGAUAUUAUUAUCUUAUUAUCAUUUGAAUCCUCCACAAUAUUAGACCUCAUUCCUUUCCUCUCCAUAUCUCCUGCCUUAUACUCAUCCACUCCCAUCCCAUAUCCUCCCCCACUCAUUCACUCCUCACUCCUCACUCCUCGCUCCUCGCUCACUUACUCACUCACCUAUCAUCUAUCGCCUUCCACUCCUACUUUCCCCUCUUGUAUGGCCUUUUCGUCUCCUCCUUUCCAAUUCCAGAGUAUGGUUGACAGAGAUCCUUGGUGAUCUGUGCAAGAUGGAUGGUUCGAUCCCUCCGUUGUCUGGCCUCUCCUCCGCCUCUUCCUCCUCAUCCUCGGCCAUCUUCCGUCCUCGACGAUCCGACGACUGGCUGGAGUAUCGUCCUGCCAUCGAACAACUCUAUCGCGACCAUCAACUCAAACUGAGAGAGGUCAAACGCAUCAUGGAGCGUGAUUACAACUUUCAUGCAUCAGAGAAACAAUAUAAAGAUCGCCUAGCGUCGUGGCACGUUCGGAAGAACAUCAAAGCCAAAGAUAUCAAGAUCAUGAUCCGAAAACAGCAGAAACGUGCGGCCCGGGGUAAGCAGACGGCCUUCCGGGUGAAUGGUCAAGAAGUCGACCAAAAACGUAUCGCUCGAUUCGCCCGUAGAAAAGGCACCAACUGGGAGAAUCAUUCCCGCGACAACGCCGCCCAGCCCAGUCCCGAACCCGGUACCCCGACCGAUAUGAGUUGCUACACUCCUGAUGGCACGGACAGGGCCUCCACCUUGUCCCCGCUGCCCGAAUUCCGAUCCAUCCGACGUGACGAAAGAUCGGAGCCGCUCCCAGAUUCAGAGACGGACGAGACUCGGUCCAUGCAAGUCACUCUCAGUCCCAGCCAAGCCAGCACGACGACGACAAACGUCUUGGACGACAAGUUCGCUCCUACGGAAGAAGACCCGUGGGCAGCGCUCACCGACUUCCAAAAUCGACUGCGCAAGCUCGACCAUGACCUAGAAGUGUCAUUGGCCGACUACGUCUCCCCUCACGAGCACCACGAAUGAGCCGUCGAAUGGGGUCGAAACGACCGUUCCCCUUCAGUCUAUCCGUGUUGAUCAGAGUCACAGACUUGCCCGUCCCAUUGCCAUCUGCUCUGUACCAUCUUUAUGUGUUUUGUGAGACCUUGUUGGAUCUGCGUUUCAGUGUCUCCCCAGAGAGCUGUGAUGGCUUUGC